CCGCCAACUGAAGAAGAAGUAAGCUGAAGUUGUGGAGCAGAAGAAGAACCAGACCAUCAUACGUUCAACUCAUUUCUAAGAUGGGAGACAGUGAUGAUGAGUACGAUCGCAGGAGAAGGGACAAAUUCAGACGGGAGAGAAGUGACUACGACCGUUCGAGAGAGAGAGACGACAGGCGCAGGGAUGACUGGAACGACCGAGAGUGGGACCGGGGCAGGGAACGACGAAGCCGUGGAGAAUACCGGGAUUAUGACCGAGGUCGGAGAGAGAGAUUCACGCCGCCCAGACACGACAUGAGUCCUCAGCAGAAACGCAUGAGGAGAGACUGGGAUGACCAUGGUGGAGAUCCUUACCGCGGGGGGUACGACCUGGGCUAUGGGGGUGGGGGUGGAGGAGGAGGCGGCGGAGGCGGCGGAGGAGGAGGAGGCGGCGGGGGUCCAAGCUAUGGCCCACCGCAGCAUUGGGGCCACCCGGACCUACACCUCAUGCAGCCUCAUCACGGCAUCCCUAUCCAGGCGAGACUGGGUAACCUCCAUGACAUGGAUCUGGGUCCCCCCCCUCCCAUAAUGAAGACCUUUAAGGAGUUCCUGUUGUCUCUGGAUGAUUCUGUGGAGGAGACGGAGGCGGUCAAACGUUACAACGACUACAAGAUCGACUUCCGCCGGCAGCAGAUGCAGGACUUCUUUUUGGCUCAUAAAGAUGAAGAGUGGUUCAGGUCCAAGUAUCAUCCGGAUGAAGCCAGUCUACUAAAGGCCGAGGCCCAGAGCGCGCUGCACAACCGAGUGAACGUCUUCAUGUUCCUGAUGGAGAACAGCUGGUUUGAUAACGUCUCCCUGGACAUCGAACAGACCCCCACCAUCAUCAAGGUUCUGGAUGCAGCUGUGAUAAAGAUGGAGGGAGGCACGGAUCAUGACCUGCGUAUCCUGGACCUUCCGGCUGAAGAGGAGGAGGAGAGGGAGAGGGAGAGGGAGAAGGAGAGGGAAAGGGAGAAGGAAAGGGAGAAGGAGAGGGAGAGGGAGAAGGAAAGGGAGAAGUCUGCCUCUGUCUCAGGUGGAGGCGAACCUCCCAAGAAAGAAGACCUCAAAACAUCGGACGGUGACCGUAAACUCUCCGUGGAGAAAGACAAAAAUGAGAAGGAGGAGAACGGCUCCGCCAGCACAGAGCGAGCAGCUGCAGCCGAAGGGGUGGAAGUGAAAGAGGAGGCAGAGAAAGAAGCAGCCAAAGAGGAAACACCUGAACCCAAGAAACCAAGAAGAAAGAGGAAGCGCAGCGGAGACAGCGACGACGAAGGCACCGCCUCGGACAGCGACUCUGACUCCGAUUCAGACUCUAACUCCAUCUGCUCUGAUAAACCUGUGAAGAAGAAGGAGGAGGAGGAGGAGGAGGAGGAGGCGGAGGACAAGGAUGAAGAGGAGGAAGAGGAGGGUGAAGGUAACGAGCAUCGAGACGGGUAA